UGUAUGCAAAACUAUUAGUUUCAGUGCAGAUUUUAAUUCUUGUACGUAAACGAGUGAAAACGCAUACUUUAAGAUAUAUUGAAAAAUAAAUGGAGUGCUUGCAAGAAAGUUAAUAGUUAUAUAACUUAUGAACUGAGUAAGACAUAGCUUUUUAAGUAUUUACCAAAUGUGAGCCUGUGUGGGACUAUUUGCAGAGGAGAGGAAAGGGGAGGAAUUCAGUGCACUGAGUGAACAUGUGUAGCAGAAAUGACAUUUUUCAUAAGUUUCAUUGUAAUUUACUUUGGCCUCGCGUGGAUUUUUUUGAAUUACAUGGUUCUUCAGUAAACAAAAGUAACAGAGGACAAAGAACAUGAAAGAAGAAGCAAAGCUGCCUCAUACAUCAACAUAUCUGUCAGGGAAAUCUCUUUGAAGUUGUACACUUGACAACCAAAUGAAGAUAAUGUUAUUUUUGCUAUACAUUUAGUAAUGGGUUUAGGUAAAGUGAAUUUAGAAAUAAAAAUUGUGCUCUUGUGCUUGUUAUGUUAUUAUUCUUAGAGCUUGCUGCUUUAAAAUAUGCUGGAUAGCACGCAGCUUUUGCCUUCAAUUAGAACGUAUUCAGAUCAUUGACAGAAAUCUUUCAUAUUUUGGAGUGAUGUUUCUAAUUAUACGUGUGGCAAAGAGACUGAAAUGGGUUGAUGAAGGGUAUGAGCUUCUUGUAUUUACUGAUGAAUGUAUUGUAUCUGGCGGAGAAAUGUCCACGAGACUUCAGAAAGAAUUACGGGAUGCGGAUAUAUUGAUGAUUAUUGCUGUUACAAACAAGGAAUCAGUUGAGUGGAUUAAUAACAACGGCAAAACUAUUGAAAAUGUAAUAUGCCUCGAGUCUUCAUCGGAUUUGAAGAACAGACUAGGAGGCUAUGAUGUUCCCAGUGGAGUGAGAGGUAGAAUAUUUGGAAGUUUUUUUGGAACUUCUCAAUCUGGUAAAGCUAAAGAAUCUUAUGAAGUAGUGCAGACAGUAUCUGAAGCAUGGGAUCGACAUAAUUCUGAUGAUAUAAGGUUCUGUUUGCUGGUAAUAAUCAAUGCAUAUAUAAGGCCUGUUCCAGUAUUGAAUAAUUUGAGAGCUAAAGGUUUUUCUACCCUAAACUGCAUGUUGAGGAACUGUGGUCGCCAGGUACUAAAUUGCUUGUUGGAUCCCAAUUGUAGAAAAGCUCUUGAAUGCUUGAAUCGGUGUAGCCCUGUUGAUCAAGUAUGUAACUACCGAUGUAUUGCUUCAUAUGAAAGUGCAAAUCUAGAAGCCUUUUCACUAUGUGUAUUACAGAAAAACAACUGUCUUGAGUUGGAAGCAGAAGUACCUGAAAAACCAUAUGUGCCUCCAAUGAUGAAGUUUCGGGGGCAGAACCUAAGUUAUGAAGUGGCAGAAGAUCUGUUUGUGGGAUGGUUGGGGAGUUUGCAGUGGAGCUGGCGUGUGGUGGCAGGGCAGAAUCCAGCAUAUGAUCAAUUUCCAUGCCAAUACCAACUGUUCUAUAGGGGAAAGGCAAAAGGGUCAUUCUGGUAUGAACCAGUGUUCCAGGUAAAAACAUUGGAAGGUGAAAUGGUGUGGAGGAGGAGAAAAUAUAGGGUGAGAAGGGGCAAGGUACCUGGCACAUUCUAUUUCAGUGUAUUAGACAAUGGAGUUGUUUCAAAAGAAUUUUGGACAAUUGUGGAUGUGGCUGAAAAUCUUAGUUGGGGUUUGUUCCAUUAUCACGGAGCUGCUAGAGUUGCAGGGCAGUCUUAUACUGGAGCAGUUCUUGUGAGUCCAGAUGGAGCAUUUCCAACUGACAGAGAGAGGACACAGGUUGUUGCUGCACUAGAUAAGUGUGAAAUUAAAGAGUGGGAGCUAUAUAAUGUUGAUAAUUGUUCAUGCAUAGAUCCUCCCCUGGGAAUUCCAGAGGGUUCAAGUUUACACACUGUUGUCCAAAUUGAAGAUCCAAAGCAGAUGUCUGUCUGAUUGUUCUGCCAAAUCAAUAGAAUGCUAAUAUUCUCAAUCCGGUUAUGUUUAGCACAUCUCCAGAUUCUAGAUUCAAAGGAAGUCAAUUGGUUCUUUUGCUUGCAAA